AUGCUGAAACAGAUACUAGCAGAUAUGUACAUAGAUCCAGAUCUCCUGGCAGAGCUCAGCAACGAACAGAAACAGAUCCUGUUCUUCAAGAUGAGGGAGGAACAGAUCCGUCGAUGGAAAGAAAGAGAAACAGCAGUGGAAAAUAAGGAGUCCUUGCCAGUGAAAUGCAGACCAAAGAAAGUGAAUGAGAAAUCUGUUCAUUGGAAACUGGGAGCCGAUAAGGAAGUCUGGGUCUGGGUGAUGGGUGAACACCAUCUUGAUACACCCUAUGAUGUGCUCUGUCAAGAAAUUACUGCUGAGAGGACCCAACUGAAAACAGAGCAGGAAAUGGAAGAGCUCAGGAAAACUCAAACCAGUGAGUUCACCAAUAGCUCGAAAACAGAGCCACAGAACGACAACCUACAAGCAACAAAUAGCUGGGCAACUCAGCACACCUCUAAGAAAGUGACAGAAGAGAAGGAAUUAGGGCAGGGAUCUAGACCAGCGACAACCCCUGAAGAAGAGAAAACUGAAUCACCCUCCAGUUCUUCAAGAAAUAUUCAACAAAUGUUGGCAGAUUCUAUCAAUCAUAUCAAGACAUAUGGAUUUCACCAGAAGAAAGAACCCACGAAGAAAAAGGACGAUGAAGAAAUAAAACAAACCGAUGAAGAGAGAACCAAGCAUAUUUAUAAGAACUGGAAAGAAGAGUCAGAGUGGCAGGCAUCUUUGCGAAAAUCCAAAGCAGCUGAUGAGAAGAGACGGUCCUUGGCUAAACAAGCUCGGGAAGACUAUAUGAGGUUAUCCCUUGCAGCCCAAAAAGGAAGAAGUAGUGAAGGACUGCGAAGUCCUCUGAGUGUUGAACAGAAACCUAAAAGACCCCCACUUCCACCCAAGCCUCAGUUUUUAAACCCAGAAGCAUACUCGAUAAGACCUCUUAGAAACCAGGGAGUGAUGAGGACAACCUCCAGCUUUUCCCAGGAUGACAUCAUCCAAUGGUUUAAAGAGGACCAGCUACCCCUGCGAGCUGGUUACCAGAAAACCUCAGAUACCAUUGCUCCCUGGUUCCAUGGAAUUCUGACACUAAAGAGAGCAAAUGAACUUCUGAGCACGGGUGUGCCAGGCAGUUUUCUGAUCCGAGUUAGUGAAAAGAUCAGAGGCUACGUCCUAUCCUAUCUGUCCGAAGAUGGCUGUAAACAUUUCAUCAUCGAUGCCUCUGCGGACUCUUACAGUUUUCUGGGUGUUGACCAGCUGCAGCAUGCCACCUUAGCGGAUCUGGUGGACUAUCACAAGGUGGAGCCCAUCACUUCCCUGGGAAAAGAGCUCCUCCUCCACCCCUGUGGGCAGCGGGAGCAGUUGCCUGACUACCUGGAACUCUUUGACUGA